AGUUAGUUUGAAACAGGGGCAAGCGGCAAUUCAGACAGGCGGAGAAGUUUAGAGAGAGAGAGAGAGCGAGCGAGCGAGCUGGCGAAACAUAUGCUCUCAGACAUCAUAAGCUCUGUGUCUUAUGAUGUUGUCUAAAACUGAAGCUGGAAAGAAGAUUGAUCCGGAUUCGAGUAGUGGGAAGUUGUUGCAGGAGAUCGAAGCUAUAAGCAAAGCCCUUUAUUUGGACAGGAACCCUUCGGGGAGUUUACUUUCUGCGGCGAGUAGUAGAUCCAAAUCCGUGGGCAAAACCCAUUUGGCCGAUCCCAAAUCGAAGGUCAAGCAUGGCAAUGAAGACCAGACACAGAAGGAAAAGAAGUCCAUUUGGAAUUGGAAGGGUUUCAAGGCCUUUUCUCACGUCCGGAACCGGAGGUUCAACUGUUGUUUUACCCUUCUAGUCCAUUCCAUUGAGGGCUUGCCCUCGAGUUUCGAUGACCUUAGCCUUUGUGUGCACUGGAAGAGGCGAGAUGGUGGCUUGGUCACUCAGCCUGCGAAGGUUUUCCAGGGAAUAGCUGAAUUUGGGGAGAACUUGAUGCAUACUUGUUGGGUUUAUGGGAGCAGGAGUGGACCCCAUCAUUCAGCAAAAUAUGAGGCUAAGCAUUUCUUGCUUUAUGCAGCUGUUCAUGGUUCUCCUGAACUUGAUUUGGGAAAACACCGUGUUGACCUCACGAGGUUGCUGCCUAUUACUUUGGAGGAGCUGGAGGAGGACAAGAGUUCGGGCAAGUGGACUACGAGUUACAGGUUGUCAGGUGAGGCUAAAGGAGCUUCACUGAAUGUUAGUUUUGGGUAUACGGUAAUUGGGGACAAUGCAAGUGUGCACGGGGUUAGACAGAAUGUUCCUGAUGCUUUGAGCCUGAACGAGAACAAUUCGAAGCUGGCUGUGAGAUCUGGUAGAGGUAAUAGUAGGAAUGCGAUGCGACGCACUGGAAGUCUUCCUAGUCAGUCUAAUCAACCAUCCGAUGCGCCGUCUCGCUAUGUGGAGGAUAUAAAAGACCUACAUGAGGUUUUGCCAGUAUCCAAGUCGGAGCUUGCAAGUUCAGUUGAUACACUAUACCAUAAGUUCGAUGAGGAGAAGUCAGAUUUUAAGGUCGAUUACAAACCUGAGUUCGAUGUUUUCACAGAAGAAAAUGAACCUGUUAAAACAGCUUCUCAGUAUAUGUCUGACAAUGCUAAACAGGAUGGUGAAAACGGGUGCCAGGUGAAUGAAUUUUCUGUAAUCGAGCAGGGUAUAGAACUAUCCACAAAAGAGCAGGCGGUAUCCAAGGAAGCUAUCACAAAGGAAGCCGAUGUUUUUACCGCAGAUAGUCAUGGUGUGCCUGGAGUUAAUUCCAAUUUAACUUUGCCUAUUGAGCGGGGCACCGAAGCUUCCCCUAGGGCUGAGGGAACAGGCAAUUGUGAAGGUGAAGUUGUUAUUCGUGACUGCCAGACCAAAGCGGAUGAGUUGUGUAGCAAAGAAUCACUAAUGAAGGAACUAGAGUCGGCUUUGAGUAACGUGUCGGAUUUAGAAGUGGCUGCCCUGGAUUCUCCUGAAGAUCGAGAGGAUAACCUUGACAUUACAUCGAGUAAUAAGACAAACUUAAAGGGGAGGUCACUUAGCUUGGAUGAUGUUGCUGAUUCCGUGGCCUGUGAAUUCUUGGAUAUGUUGGGAAUAGAGCACAGCCCUUUUGGCUUGAGUUCAGAAAGUGAGCCAGAAUCUCCACGAGAACGUCUUUUGAGGCAGUUUGAGAGGGAAGCUCUAGCUGGUGGUGGUUGUUCUUUAUUUGGGUUUGAUGUAGGUGAUGAGGACUUUGCUGAACAAGGUAAUGAUGCUGUUAAUGUGCCUGGCUGGGGGAAUAUAUCCGAGGAUUUUGAACUUCAGUCACUAGUUCAAGCUGCCGAAGAGGAGCAUCAGGCGGCAAACCACGUUAACAAAACAAAAGCAAAAAUGUUGGAAGACCUCGAGACAGAAGCUUUGAUGCGUGAGUGGGGUUUGAAUGAUAAAUCUUUUCAGUCUUCUCCACCUAGCCACUCUGGUGGGUUUGGCAGUCCAAUUCAUCUUGCUCCUGAAGAAUUCCUGGAGCUACCACCUCUGGGAGAGGGGUUAGGGCCGUAUCUCCAGACGAAAAAUGGAGGCUUUUUGCGGUCAAUGAACCCCUCACUUUUCAGGAACGCCAAAAGCAGUGGGAGCUUGGUUAUGCAAGCUUCUAGUCCAGUUGUAGUACCCGCGGAAAUGGGCUCUAGCAUAAUGGAAAUAUUGCAGGGUCUGGCUUCUGUUGGAAUUGAAAAGCUCUCCAUGCAGGCGAACAAGCUAAUGCCCUUGGAAGAUAUAACUGGAAAGACCAUGCAACAAGUCGCAUGGGAAGCCUCACCAGCUCUUGAAGGAGUUGAAAGGCAAUGUCUUUUGAAUAACAGUUUAGCAAUGGAGCAAGAUUUCACUUGCCAGCAAACCAGAAGCACAGAAGCACCAUUCAAUUCUAGGUCUAGUAAAUACAAUCAAAACACAGCAGGCAAUGAUGUUGGCUCUGAAUAUGUAUCUUUAGAGGAUCUCGCUCCUUUGGCUAUGGAUAAGAUUGAAGCACUGUCAAUUGAGGGGUUGAGGAUACACUCUGGCAUGUCAGACGAGGAUGCACCUUCAAAUAUCAGUGCACAAUCAAUUGGAGAUGUUUCAACUCUACAGGGCAAGGGUGAGGCUAUUAGCGGGUCGCUGGGUCUGGAGGGAACUGGUGGAUUGCAGCUGUUGGAUAUAAAGGAAAGGAGCGAUGACAAAGAUGAAGGGUUGAUGAGCCUAUCACUGAGUCUCGAUGAAUGGAUGAGGUUGGACUCUGGUGAACUUGAUGACGAAGAUCAAAUUAGUGAGCGAACUUCUAAAAUUCUUGCCGCUCAUCAUGCCAACUCCUUGGGCUGGAUACGUGGAGGGUCAAAGGGGGAGAGAAGGCGGGGCAAAGGCUCCAGUAGGAAGUGUGGUCUUUUGGGGAAUAAUUUCACUGUUGCAUUGAUGGUGCAACUACGGGAUCCUUUGCGAAAUUAUGAACCAGUAGGUGCACCAAUGCUUGCGCUAAUUCAGGUCGAGAGAGUGUUCAUUCCACCGAAGCCAAGGAUGUACCGCAAGGUUUCCGAAGUAAAAUAUGAAGAUGAAGAAGAUGAGAUGGCCGAGACCAAAAAGAAGGAAAAAAUCCAGGAUGGGACAGAAGAAAUGAAACCUGAGGUGGAAGAAAUUCCCCAGUAUAAGAUUACUGAAGUCCAUGUUGCUGGUCUCAAGACUGAUCCUGGGAAGAGAAAGCUCUGGGGAAGUACGAACCAGCAACAAUCUGGUUCCCGUUGGUUGCUCGCUAAUGGAAUGGGAAAGAGCAAUAAGCAUCCGUUUCUGAAGUCAAAGAUUGCUUCUUCUAAAUCUACUGCCCCAGCAGCAACAACUAAGGCACAGCCUGGUGACACACUGUGGAGCAUCUCAUCCCGUGUUCAUGGUACAAGUUGUAAAUGGAAGGAAUUGGCAACUCUUAACCCACACAUACGUAACCCCAAUGUUAUUCUCCCAAAUGAAACCAUCAGGUUGCGUUAAGUUGAGGGCGCGAAAUGGAUCUUCUUGAAAGAUAUUUGGUUUGCCAAGCUGGUUGAGUGAAGUCGAUGAGCUGCAUUUGUCAUGGGCUUGCAGAUCGAAACCACACAUUGUGGUUGCCUAAGACAGAUGAAAGUGCUGGCCUCUGCCUGUGACAACUCUCUCACCUUCCCAAUUGUUAUAGACUGAUUAUCACCAGUCUAAGGUUGUAUGCAAAUGUUUUCAUUUCUCUGUUCUUUCCAUCCUCUGCAAUCAGUUUGCAUAUGAACAGUAAAUUUUUGUGUUUUCUUUGGGAUGAUAUGCUACUGAUCCUUUGUCUUGUGAUUAGGAACAACAGAUUGGUCCAUGAGAUUUUAGGUUCCGUUUCUA